CUCGUAACUCCACAUCACACAAGUCAGUUUGGCAAACGCAACAAACUUUUUGAAUCAGUUGGGGAAUCGGACACCGCCCCUGAAACGACGACGUCGACUCGAACCUCCAGCCUUUCGCCGGAACGCCGUUCCGAUAUUCAAUGUCGACCUCUUCGCUAUCAACUCAAACUUUCGGAUUGCCGUGGCCCGAUCUCAACGACGGCUUGUCAUACAACGACGUCGUUAAACCCUCCGAUUCCGAAUUGACACUGAUAGAAUUCUACUCUAGCAAAUACAAGAGCUCAGCUCCGUUGCAAGGUUGGCUGCAGAGAAUCCGAAACGGACAGAUAACAGUUGAUGGAGAAGUAGUUAGAGAUUCGAAUACGAUUCUCAGGGUUGGUUCGGAAUUGGUCUAUCAUAGGCUUGCAUGGAGAGAGCCGGAUGCGCCAUACUUGCUCGAGGUUCUAUAUGAGGAUGAUGAUAUGAUUGCUUUGAAUAAGCCAGGCGGGCUGCAAGUUUUACCUGGAGGUCUUUUUCAGCAACGGACAGUUCUAACACAGCUCCUAUGGCGGCAAACUCAGAAGAUCCAUCACUUAGCAUGCCAAGAAUCACAUCCAGUUCCUGUUCAUCGCCUAGGAAGGGGCACUUCAGGAAUACUGCUAUGUGCAAAGACGAAGCAUGCCAAAACUCAACUUGCAGCAUAUUUUGCUGAUGGGACAUCCCAUAUUGGAGAUGACAGUGACACCAACAUGAAGCUGCAUACAAUAAGGAAAAUCUCAAAGAUAUACCGGGCACUAGUGACCGGGAUACUUUGUGAGGACGAGGUGAUUGUUAAGCAACCAAUUGGAACUGUGCGAUAUCCUGGUGUGGCUAAAGGGCUGUAUGUUGCUUCUCCCACAGGAAAACCAGCUCUGAGCAAAGUAGAAGUUCUUGAGAGGGACAUGCAGAAAAAUCACACAAUCGUACAGGUAGAGAUUCAGUCAGGGAGACCACAUCAAAUACGCAUUCAUCUUUCUUUCAUAGGACAUCCCUUGCUAGGAGAUCCUCUAUAUGUUGCUGGUGGACAACCAAAGUGCUUGGGAUCUGACUUUGUAGAUGAAAGUUUUGCAGAUGACGGAGGGUUCAAGAGGCCUACAAAGCCUGUUCCUGGAGAUUGUGGUUAUAACUUGCAUGCUCAUCAAGUGGUUCUCUCUCACCCAUCAUCCAAUGAGGUAAUCAAAAUUACAGCACCUCUCCCACUUGUCCUCCGGACUCGAGAAGAAAUCGAAGAACUUAGUAGCGUUAAGUGAUGCAUACAAAAGGAAACAGAACUUGAGUGAACUAUUUUCAACAGUAGGGCAAAAGCUAUUGAGGAAUGAUUUAUAAUUGAAUAUCUGUAUUUUAACCUGAAGUUUUGCCUUGCAAUGCCAGUGGAUGGUGAAAGGUGAAGGAUUUAUUA